GAUAGCGUCUGAGUACGUUGGACAACGGAUUGCGGCAGGCACAAUCCUUAGAAGGCUAUACUGUUGUUCUCGGCACAUUCUAACCCUCGGAGACACAAUGCAUAGUCGAAAUGAGCUACCCAAUAUUCGAACGGAGUCCUCGGUGCUUCGCUGGCUGGUUUUUGUGCUUUGCAGCGAUAGGGCUUACAGCAUGGGCACCUAACUCAAGCACAAAAGGCACAGUUUCCUCAGCAUCCGCGCCGAUGAGUGGCCUCGACGCCCCGGGUCUAUCAGGUGAUUCUGUUGAAGGCUUGAGACUGGAAGAAUACGGCACCAAAGCUUGAGAGAUGCCAAAUAUCCAGAGGCGCUGGCACACGAGGACCAAAGAUGGUUGCGGGAACAUCCCUCGUUUCACCCGAAGUGAAGG